UGGUGGUUGUCGUCUGGUGCCUUUUCCUCUUUUUGGUUGCGCGGUCCCUUGUAGGCUUUCCUGGGCCUCUUUUCCUGUGAGGUUUCCCUGUGUCAGCUAGGUCCCAGCUUCAGACUCCAACCUAAUGUAGGAAACUUCUCUUACCUUGCUAGCCAGUUCCUAGCUCCGCCGCCUUUGGCUUGAGUUGGAUCUUUCUUUACCUUUGGCAGCUAAGGUCAUCUUUUUCCUUGUCAGGCCCUCUCGUUCUCUCUAAGUACCGAGAUUUAGCAGCACGUGUGUCCCAGCGUAUAUUCGGAAAAUGGGGUGGCUGCAUUUGAACCUCCCUUCCUCCCUACCCCUUCCCCCGCCCCCGCGCGCAAACGUUGGCUAACCUUAAAGUGCCGUUAAAGUGCUUAUUAAGUGCUACGUUCUUUUGGACUAAACGUAGCCUAUCUCAGUCUUUCGUGCAUUAGUAGGCGGAUUAAGGCAAUGUGUUUUCAUUUAAUUAGACAGUCCAAUCGGGAGAAUGACGUGGAAGCUAUAAUUAUAGAUGGCUUUUUGGAAGGGAAAGAAUUUCAGCAUUAUUCGAUCAGACUGCGUUUUCCUGGGUGGUCCAAAAAGUUUUCUGAAAGCCUUUAAAGAAUGCUUAAUAAGAGAAAAUAAUAACUAUCAUGUGAGCCAGGCAGUCUACUAGGGUCCUUUAUGCGAAUUUUUAUAUAAUUCUCAAAACGACUCUGAGAGUCUGCUGGGCCAUUAUGGCACUCAAGUGGACUGGUGGACAUUCUUCUCCAAUUCUCUGCCUGAAUGCAAGUCAAGAAGGGCUAGUGGCUUCUGGGGCAGAGGGUGGAGAUCUCAUGGUUUGGGGUGAAGAUGGAACCCCAUUAGGACACACACACUUCCAGGGGGCUAAUGAUGUUACCAGUGUCUUAUUCUCUCCUUCCUACCCCACGAAGCUCUAUGCUUCACAUGGAGAAACCAUUAGCAUACUGGACGUAAGGUCCCUCAAAGAUUCCCUGGACCAUUUUCAUGUGAAUGAAGAAGAAAUCAAUUGUCUUUCAUUGAAUGAAACUGAAAACCUGCUGGCUUCUGCUGAUGACUCCGGGGCAAUCAAAAUCCUGGAUUUGGAAAAUAAGAAAGUUAGCAGAUCACUGAAGAGACAUUCCAAUAUCUGUUCGUCUGUAGCUUUUCGGCCUCAAAGGCCUCAGAGCCUGGUGUCAUGUGGACUGGAUAUGCAGGUGAUGCUCUGGAACCUUCAGAAAGCCCGGCCACUCUGGAUUACAAAUUUACAGGAGGAGGAAACAGAAGAAAUGGAAAGCCCACAAUCACCUGGUCAGCUUUUAAACCCUGCUCUAGCUCACUCAGUGUCUGUGGCGUCGUGCGGCAAUAUUUUUAGUUGUGGUGCAGAAGAUGGUAAGGUUCGAAUCUUUAGGGUGAUGGGAGUCAAGUGUGAACAAGAACUGGGAUUUAAGGGCCACACUUUGGGAGUAUCCCAGGUUUGCUUUCUGCCAGAAUCCUAUUUGCUGCUUACUGGAGGAAAUGAUGGGAAGAUAAUAUUGUGGGAUGUAAGCAGUGAAGUUGAGAAAAAACAGAAGAGUCCUACAAAACAUACCCACAGGAAGAAAACUAAAAGAGCAACUUAUACCAAGCAGGGUGGAAACGCUAAUGCUUCAGUAACAGAUGAAGAGCAUGGCAAAAUUUUACCAAAGCUAAGUAUUGAACAUGGAGAAAAAGUGAACUGGCUCUUGAGUACAAAAAUAAAGGGAUGCGAAAAUAUAUUAGUAGCUGAUCAAACUAGCUCUAUAUCUGUAUAUCCCUUAAAUGGGAUUUAAAUCCAAUAAAAACAUUUGAAAAACUGCAGCAAAA